AGAAAACACGACACGUCGCCUUUGUGCAAUAACACGCCUGUGCAGCCAAAAUGGACUAAAUGAAUUUAAAUUUAUGUUCCAGCGGAUUUCAGACCGCAGUAUUGUUCCGUUUGUUCGUUUAGUCACCAAACAUCGUGUUUUUCGUUCCCAGCAGCCUGAAUGGAGAACGACAGCGGUGUGGUUUUGGCCACAGAGAGAUAUGGCAGUGCAGAGUCCUGGAAGUAUUUUGCAAAGGAUGGAGUGAUAGAGAGGAGGAGAGAUGGCAGUGAAGGUGAAUCAAGAGGAAACACUCUUAUUGGAGUAUUUAAAAGUGUGUUCCUGCCUCAAGGCUACCCAGAGAGUGUCAGUGAUGACUACCUGCAGUACCAGUUUUGGGAUACUGUGCAGGCUUUCUCCAGCUCUCUGUCAGGGACUCUGGCCACUCAGGCCUCUCUCAAAGGAGUCGGUGUUGGAAACCAAGAGGCAACUGUGGCUGCAGCCACAGUCACCUGGUUAUUAAGAGAUGGAACUGGCAUGUUGGGAAGAAUCCUCUUCGCCUGGAGGAAAGGGAGUAAACUGGACUCUGAGGCCAAAAAAUGGAGGCUUUUUGCUGAUGUUCUCAAUGACAUUGCCAUGUUCAUGGAGAUAUUGGCUCCAUACUUUCCUGCUUUCUUCACCUUGAUUGUGUGUACUGCAGGGAUAUUCAAGUCCAUUGUUGGAGUGGCAGGCGGAGCGACCAGAGCUGCUCUGACUGUUCAUCAGGCUCGCAGAGACAACAUGGCUGACAUCUCUGCCAAAGAUGGCAGUCAGGAGACUUUAGUAAAUUUGGCUGGACUGCUGAUCAGUUUGAUACUCAUUCCCCUCAUCACUAAUAAUCCAAUACUGACUCUCAGCCUCUUCGUCCUCUUCACCAUCCUCCACCUCUUUGCCAAUUACAAGGCUGUGCGCUCUGUUGUCAUGGAAACCUUCAAUGAGGCGCGGCUUUCAAUCGUGUGGCAGCAAUACCUGAGAGACAAACGAAUCCUGAGUCCACUGGAGGCCAAUCAGAGAGAGCCAGUUUUCUUUGACUUUAGGAAAACUGUGCCAAUCAAACUUGGAGUGAGGCUACAGGAGGUUGUGCAAAGCCCAGAGGAACUUCAGCUGGCUUUGAAGAAAAACAACAUGCCUUACCUCUUAGGAGUGAGAGAUGGGUGCAUAUGUGUUUGUUUGGGACCAGAAGCAUCAGUACACGAUGAAAUCAGAGCGAUGUGUCAGGCUGUGUGGAUCAGCAACAUGUUGAGCCCUCCAACUUCCACAGACCCAGCAACACAAAAACAGCAAAGUAACUGGGAAAUGGUGCAUGAGAGUCACAAGCUGAUGGACACAACUUUCAGUGGAUUUCUCAAAGGUGUUGAAGCUGCAGGAUGGGACUUAAAACGAACUCUGCUGGACUGGGAUGAGUGGAGGGUCGAGUGGAAGUGUAAAAGCAACUGAGCUGUGAGACACCUGCCGCCAAUUCACCUUGUUUAACCUUUAUUAAACAAUGAAAAAUUUUAAAUACCCUUUGAUUUAUUCUGUGGGAUAAUAAAAAUAGAGGGAAAAAAAUCUGUAUUUUGUACAUGAAUAUUUUAAUUUUGUAAUUAAUGUCUUAUUGAAAAUACAAAACUGGAGAAUCAGCGA